AUGGAAUCACCAAAACAAUCCCAAGAAAAGGAUCAUGGUUAUUAUUUUUAUGAUGAAUACAAAAUCUAUGAAAACAAAUCUGGCGAUUGUUCUUUUGAUAAUAUAUUAGCGUGUCAAUAUAUUCAAAAUCGAACAUUUUUGUACAUUAUGGCUGGUAGAUUUGGAUUUGGAAGUGAGAUGAAUCAAUUACUCAUAGGCUUUGCGUAUAGCGUAGCUACUAAACGACGUUUCUUAAUCGAUAGCCGCCAUUGGAAUUAUGGACGUUUCGAAGAUUAUUUUCAGUUAAUACGAUCAAAAUUUAUACUUGAUGAGUGGAAAAAUCAUACUUUAAAAUUUCUCGAGGAAUAUGACACAGAAAAUGAUCAUGUACCACAUUUAAAAACAACAAGAGAGGGAGCUCAAGUGGUAAAAUUUUGGAGAGCCGGAGGAAACAUUGACCGCAUUAGAGUAAAACAGAAAGAGACACCAAUUAUGUCGAUUACGAUAAAACGCAAGGUCGCUCAUUAUUUAUGGCGAUACAUGACAAGAGAGACAUAUGAAACAAUUAAAUCAUCUAUUUCCAAUGCAGGUAUGCUUGAUUAUUUCAAUAGUAAUAAACUAUUUUAUGCAUGUCACAUUCGAAAAGGUGAUAAACUUAGAAAAGAAGCGUCGGACAUACCAUUAAAUCGUUAUAUUCAAGCAAUUGAACGUUUAGCGAAAAACCAAGGAAUGAAUAUAACGAAUUUUUCCGUAUUUGUCGCUGGCGAUAACCAUGAACUCGUACAUAAUUUAAAAGAAUUAAAACCUCAGUGGACAUUUCUCUCGUUUCAUUAUCAGAAUAGUACUAAAUUGGGCCAUUUUCAAGACAAAUUCAAUCGUUUGUCAAGUGCGAAAAAAUUAGUAGAAACUCGACUCUUCCUAGCUGAAUUAGUAAUGGUGACAAGAGCGUACGGCCUGAUUUGUACAAUGUCAUCGAACGUAUGCCGACUAAUACAUAUUUUAAGAUAUCAGGCAGAGAAUACCGUUGUGUCUUUAGACAGAAGAUGGUAUGCGACGAGAUAA